AUGGCCACGCAGUUCGCCUUUGAUAUAGAGGCUUUCCCUGUGCUGGGACAGCCUGUCAAGGCCCGGCAGGAUGAAGGGCCCCGCUGGGUGGACAUCGUUUCGGCUGGCAAAGCAACAGCCACUUGUCCCGUCCCGCAGCGCCAGAAAGGUGCUGCUUCUGGCGCUGAUCGCCAGAACUUGCAUGCCACCGUGAGCAAGCAGUGGGGCCAACGCGACUGGAAUGUCAAGAGCUCCGGUGAGCGCGGCCAGAAGAAUGGCUGGGGACAUUGGGGAGGGACCUGGGCGGGAGGCGCUUCCCGCCCGUCGCGGAGCUGGGACCGUGCUUGGCAUCAAAAGAAGUGGGUCGUCAAAGGAUCCUCGAUGGGACGUGAGGCUGCGGCCAGGGGAGCAUGA